AUGGAAACAGCAGCCAUCAUGCGGGUGCAAACCAAGCACUACCCCAAGAACUGCCUGCUGACUGUCAUGGACCGGUACUCGGCCGUGGUGCGUAACAUGGAGCAGGUGGUGAUGAUCCCCAGCCUCCUGCGGGACAUGCAGUUUAAUGUGCACGGGCACCGGGCCCAGGAUGGGGCCCCUGAUCUCUACAACUACUUCACCAUGCUCAAGGCCAUCCGCGUGGAUGUGGACCACGGGCUGCUGCCCCGAGAGGAGUGGAGGUCCAAGGUGGCAGAUGACAGGGCCAGCGAGGCUGAGAAUGAAGCUGCAAAGACAGAGAAGGAUGAGGAGGAGAGGAUCUUGGGGCAGCUGGACCUGGAAGCCCAGUUCCACCUGCACUUUUCCAGCCUUCAUCACAUCCUCACCCACCUUACCCUGAAAGCUGAGGAGGUGACAAGGACAUACCAGGAGAUAACAGGAGAGGCCAAGUAG